AAGUGAUCAGGUCGAAGCGACUGGGACAGUUUAUCGUGAUCAUCCAACUCGAAUACACGGUUAGCCGACGGUCCGCACAGAACGUGAUCAACAGCGCGGAAGGAAGAUGCGUGUUCACGGAUAAGCGUAAUCGAUGAAAUUCCACUCGGCAACUGUUUUUAACAAGAAAUGAUAGUAUAAACAACGAUUGGAAAAUUUCUCUACUUGUUGACCGCGUAUUGCAUUUUAGAUUGUGAGAGAAAUCGACCAUUGGAGGAUCGAAUUUAUCUCUGAUGCUUCAAAUCAUAUAGAUAAUUGAUUAUACAAUAAUAAAGCUCAGUGAUCGAUAGUUCAUCAUCUAUUAACGUUUUAUAUCGAUCGACGUCGUUCACUGGACGUCGAGGAACUUCGCUAGAAUCGAAGAUAAAAAGUUGCUCUCUUUGGGAACCAGUGAUUGCAGGAUUGCAAUCUUUCCCCGGUCAGCGAAAUAUUUUUCAAAACAGUGGCUAUUUGUAGUGAAGUGUACGACGAUGAUGUCGAUUCUGAAUUAAACCGUGUGAACCACAAGAUCAAGUCGACGCGCUAUUGCGAUACGUGAAAACUUGACUCGUCUCUCAUCGUUUUCGUAUUUCGAGGACUUGUAAAGGAUAACUCGUAGAAGCUUCGUAAAUUACCGUAGUUCCGAUAAAAUCUGUUAAAAAUUCAUACGUCCCUUAUUAUUUUCCGUAUUUUGAAGCUUCGUAAAAAUUCAAUUGCGCGACUGAUGGUAAACUUCUGUUAUUAACUAAUUGAACAAUUUUCAAGUGAAACGAAUCUCUUAGAAAGUGUUUGGAAAAUGAAGCUGUUGCCAGUGGUGUUAAUUUGCACGAUAUUAUCGAUAUGUCACGGCUAUCGAAUAUUAGGCGUGUUUCCCUUCAAUGGAAAGAGUCACUUCAUGAUGUUCGAACAAUUAAUGAAGAUUCUGGCUAAGAGAGGACAUCAAGUCGAUGUGAUCAGUACGUUCCCUUUGACGAAGCCGUAUCCGAAUUACAACGAUUUAAUCGUGCUACCGACAACGAGACAAUUUAUGAACAAUAUGACUUACGACGAAAUAAAGACGUUGUUUGCGAACUCGCCUACUGAUGUCGUGGCUACUUUGGCAGGAAACAAUAUUUGUGAAUUUUUCAGCCACCCACAGAUGCAGCAACUUAUACGAAACCCGCCUAACGAUCCACCCUACGACGCGGUCAUAAUGGAGGUAUUCGGCGCACAGUGUUUCGCGAUAUUUGGUGAUAUCUUAAAGGUGCCAGUGAUAGGAGUGAGCUCCUCUGUCCUUUAUCCAUGGAUCUACGAUUGCAUAGCGAAUCCGGAAAAUUUGGCGUUCGCGCCAAGCAAUCUAAUCGCCUACCCGCAGAAUAUGAACUUCUGGCAGAGAAUGUACAAUUUUGUGAACACCGUUUACACGAAAUGGUAUUUCAAAGCAAAAACCACAAAACAGACGGAUAUUCUAAGAAAAUACGUUAGCCCUGACGCGCCCGAUAUCAGAGAAGUGGAGAAGAAGAUAUCUAUAAUCCUCGGUAACUCGCAUAUUUCGAUAAAUGGAAUCAAGCACACUACUCCUGCGUACAUCGAGGUCGGAGGAUUGCACAUACAAGACGAAGGAGUCGAAUUACCACUAAGUCUGGAGAAAUGGAUGAACGAGAGCACACAUGGAUUCGUUUAUUUCUCGUUUGGCUCGAUGGUAAAGAUCGAAUCCUUCCCAAUAAAACUCCUUAACAUCUUCUACAACUCUUUGAGUAAAAUAUCACCUGUCCGUGUUUUGAUGAAAAUCGCAAAAUCGGACGAACUUCCGCCUGGUCUGCCGAAGAACGUUCAUGUCUUACCAUGGGUACCACAAGUCAAAGUUCUCAAACACAAGAACGUGAAGGCAUUCAUCACCCAUGGUGGUCUUAUGGGUACCCAGGAGGCAAUUCAAUACGGUGUCCCUCUGAUCGGUAUACCGUUGUUUGCUGAUCAAUUUAUCAAUAUCAACACCUACGUCCGGCUCAAUAUUGCAGUAGAAUUAGAAACUGACACUCUGACCGAGGAGAAAAUGGAUCACGCCCUGAAUAGCAUUUUGAACGAUCCAAAAUAUCGGGACACUGCGAAGAAGCUCUCGAGAAAAUUCGUGGAUCGUCCGUUAAGUGCGGCGGACACCGCGAUUUAUUGGGUCGAAUACAUCAUCAGACACGGUGCAAACGCGCUCAGAUCACCGGCCAUGGACUUGACAUGGUGGCAAGUGGAACUAUUGGAUGUUAUAGCGUUUAUUCUGAUUGCGAUUAUCGUCGCUCUCUAUACUAUAAUGAUCGUGAUUCAGUUCCUGUUUAAUUUAACUGGUAACUCGGAUUCCAAGGCGUUACGUAGGAAGAAAAUUUCUUAAAUACUUCUUUCCUUUCAUUUUUUUUCUUUUGUUUUUAUUACUUUGAUGACGUGAAAUCUUGUUUCGUUCAACGAAAUCGUUGCUCCUUUUUCCAUUGAAAGAGAAAAGGAAACGCGAUAAAAAUAUUUUUCGUAAUAUAUAUAUUAUUUUUGACAAAAAAAAAAAGAAACGAAAGGAAAACUCGAAUAGAUAUAGUACAUAGAAGAUUGGUUCGAUGAAAAGAUAACAUCUCGUAGUGAACUGUUUACGCAACACGUCCUGUAAUCGUGUUUUUUAUAAUUAGCCGUUGGCGGUUCGACGAUUAGCUAAACUCGACGUUUUAUCUCGUCUCGCUAUUAAAAGACAAACCCUUUUUAUCAAAACGGAAAUUUAAUUAAUCGAAUUGAAUUUAACGAUAAUAUACCAACGUACUCGUAUCAUCGCUUGCUUCCAGUUUUAAUCAUACUAGAUAUAGAAUUCUUUUUAAUUUUAUAGAAGUGUAUCAAUGCAGGUAUAUUAUUACUUAGGAAAAUUUGUAAGUGCAAUUAAAUUGUGAAUUAAUCCAUUCUAUAUUAACCAGCCAAGACAAAAUAUCGAAUCGCAAACAGUCGACUCAUAUAUAUGUUUAUAUAUAUAUAUAUAUGAAUAUUGAAAAAAGACAGAAAAUAUGUAUAUUUACUGCUAGUUAAGUGAAUAGAUCUAAAGAUGAUUAGAACAUUGGCGUGAAAAAUAAGCAAGGUCUCUGUAUCCGACGAAUUAAGGUCGCAAUAAGCGAAAGCCUAUUAUUAGUAUUGAUAUUGUUAUACUCUUACAGUAACGUAAAUUAAGUAGAAGAAAGACCUGUGAGAAAAAUUAUAAAGAAGAGGAAGUACGUGCAUGUUUGCGUAUUGCAGUUUUUAUCUUUCAAGACAAUCAGAUACUUUUAAUAGUAAGAAUAAUAAUUAAGAAGUAAAUAGGGUUAUGAAAUUAAUCAUUUUAAAAUUAUGUUAUUAUGUUUCUUCUGUUGCUCAGCAUCGGGCACUUAAAAUUGUCGAGCAUAAAACAAAGAACGAACGAACACAUGUAAAACGAUGUUUUCUUCUGCUCCAAAGUCAUAUAGGACGUGGUGUAACAUUUUGGAAAUCGAAAAAUACUUCGUAACUCGCGGAGCGAAAGAAUUUCGUGAAAUAUCGUUCAUACUGAUUUACUGAAACAAAAUGUUCAAUGACCGUUUCGUGUUUAAUCGUUGCAAAUGCGCUUGCCUCUAGAUGCUGACAGUUCGUGUCAAAUGCAUUUUUACCUCUCAGAAUUUUCAACGUUAUGAAAGUGUACGCUCGGAAAAGCAACGUCAGCGUGAAAAUUUCGAAAAUGGAUAUUUUUAUCGAUGAUACGUGUCCCUAGUCACUACGCUUUUAUCCGCUGGAAUUUUCCUGUUUACACACUGUCAACUAAAUACCGAGACACGCUAUAUACAAUUAAGCGUCAGUGAGGCAUUUUAUUUGCUACUAAUCCUCGAGUUUUUCAGAAAAAAUGCAAAUGAAAAGAAGCAAAUUGUCGUUCCUCGUUCUUUCGUAAUUUUAAUUAAGUGGCAAACAUUUCAAAUUUUUAUUUCGACUCGAUUGUUACAACGUUUAUUUGACUGUCGAUAUAAAUUAUUGCGUGAUAUCGAAGAAACCGUAAUAACGCCAACACACGUGAAGAAGUUUUUGAUAACGAACUUUUCUUAUCGAUAUUCUCGUUUAUGGGAGUAUGAUUAUACUGUCAGAUAUCACGAAAUGUAUACGACGAGAUGUCAUAAUUCCUAUAAAAUAUCAAUCAACGAUACCUUCGGAAAAUGACAAAGUAAAUUAACGCGUAACUGUUACUAACGAAUUGUACGACGAAGAUAUGGAAGAUCAUAAGAAUAGUAUUACAUCUUAUCGAUCAUCUUCUCGUUUAUUGGUAUUAUAAGAUGAUAACUUAUUUGACUAAGAUGAAAACUAUUUUAUAAAACAAAUACAUAGUAUUAAACGAA